AUGCAUUUCUUGUCUCUCUUGGGCCUGACUAGCCUGGCAGCGGCUGCAAAGAAUUCAGUCCCAGUGACAACCACCGCGUCAAGCACGACAUCAACUACUACCUCGACUUCUUCUAUUAAGCUUCCUCUAAACGUGUAUCCUAGAAACACCACUUCGAAAACUGCCAUAAUUGUUGCUUCAGAUGGCACCGGCCAGUUCACAGCCAUUCAAGAUGGUAUCUCUUACGCCCAGAUCCAUGCAAUUCCGACCGUAACUGUUCUGGCUGGUACCUACACUUAUUCGAUCACCGUUUCAGCGACGCCAACGGUCACUGUGAACGUCAAUCUCAUCAACACUGGGGCUAACUACGCUGACAUGGUCCUGAAGGGAAACAAAUACGCGUUCUAUGAUUGCCAAAUUGUCUCGACUGGAACUUUGGGUAUUACCGCCAGCGUUGGUCUCGGUGUCAUUGCAAACUUGUAUAUCGAGACGCUCGACAAGAUUAUCUACGGAUGA